GGCUUUUUGGGGUUUUCGAUUCGUAGGUAAUUUGUAUGGAGCCCCUUGAGCCGCCGUAUCGCGUAAACUACGAUUGCGAGUUGCGACGACUAUGUAACUACUUUCAUUUUGCUUUGGAAUAAAGCGAGCGCGUCUGGCGAGAAUAAACACCGGCUUUUACUGGUGUGAUAUGUUUGUGUGAUGCGUAAAAUCGAAGUUGUUAGGUGUUUAUAAAUGGCCAAAAUAGUGGUUUAUUUGUGUGGUGUGUAGUGUGUGGCAAUGGAUCGAAGGUGUUCUCAGUCCGUCCGGACGCUAGUUUUCGACGACUCAGAUUCGGAUCCUCCCAAAGCGGUCCAGAAAAAGGACCUGGGAACGUCCGUAGCAACAUCAUCGUUAAACCAAAGUGCGGAAGAUGCGAGCAAAGCGCGUACCAAUCUGGUGCGCAUGCGUCGAUCCGCCCUCGGGAAGUCCGCGCCGACACUGUCCAUCCAUGUCAAAGACUCAUGCUCGGUGUCACGACGGCCAUCCCGAUUGCCACCGCCACCACCACACCACAGACUCUCGCUCGUGGUGGGCUCCGGACGAUGUAGCUCGCCAGGUACGGGCCCCCUGUCCCCGGCAGAAGGGCCUCGAUGGCACGCACACCACGCGCACCCUUUACACCACGCGCUGUUAUCUUCUAGCGUGAAACGGGGGAAGGAGUUGAAUAAAGAUAUAGACGGGCGUCGAUGGUCUGUAGCGUCUUUGCCGUCCUCUGGCUACGGUACUACGCCAGGCAGCUCCAGCCUUUCACAGUCGCAAUGCUCGUCGCAGGAGCGGCUGCUGGCGGCGCAGGCGCAGUGCGAGCCGCCGCGCGCGCCGUGUCCCCACUGCCAUCACCACCAGAACUCGCUCAACAGCUCACAAGGCAGCGGCAUGAACUGGGCGUCGUUGUCGGACAGUGGGGGCAGUGGACACGCGGCCCGCGCGCCCUCUCCAAGGGCGGUACCGCGGCGGGUGCGCAGUCGCAGCCUCAGUUCUCCGUCGCGCUCCCCCGGUGGUGGCAGCGGCGGGUCGGACAGCGGCGCAAGAGACGACGCUGUGUCAGCGAUGUCCUCACUCUUCGCUGCCCGCUUCCCCGCCGCGCAGAAGGCUAUGGACGACAAGCUAAAAAUGCUGAUAGAGGAACUGACUGAAUUAGAUAAGAAACAAGACCGUCCGCCCAUCGAGAGAUUUGUACAGAGACAGGUGUUAGAAAUGGCUCGCGACUGUUUACACAAGUCUGAAUCCAAACAAGUUACAAGCAGCUAUUUCUACGAUAUGGGCGACAGUUUAGACAGGUUAUUGGCUGAGACACGCGAGAAAUCAGCUGAAGCCGGUAACAAAGUGGCUCCACUAGUAACAAGACUGACGUUAGCCAUGGCGCGACCGGCGCGAUUGUUAGAAUGCCUAGAGUUCGACCCUGAGAGGUUCUACCGUCUUUUGGAGGCCGCUGAGGGACAUGCGAGGCAUUUGCAGGGCAUCUCAACAGAUAUACCGCAGUACAUCAUCCACAAACUAGGGUUGUCCAAGGAUCCUCUCGCUGAACUGCACGUGCCGCCCCCGCCUCCCCCUCCGCCAGUGCCCAUCAGUUCCUCACCCUCCAAGAUUCGCGGUCGUCAAUCACCUCCCGGAGGCCCGGGGUCCGCAAGCGGCGCUCCACCCUCAGAAAACGAUUAUCAAGUCAUAAAGCUCAUAUCCAAUGGCGCCUACGGGGCUGUGUAUCUCGUCAAACAUAAGCAGACUAGGCAGAGGUAUGCCAUGAAGAAAAUAAGCAAAAACAAUUUGAUAUUAAGAAAUCAAGUGGAGCAGGCCUUCGCUGAGAGAGAUAUAUUAAGUUUUGCGGACAACCCUUUUGUGGUGACGAUGUACUGCUCGUUCGAGACGAAGAGACAUCUCUGUCUCAUUCUGGAGUUCGUGGAGGGGGGAGACUGUGCGACACUAUUACGGGCUGGUCCUUUGCCUCCGGACAUGGCGCGCCACUAUUUUGCAGAGGCCGUGUUGGCUGUGGAGUAUCUACACUCCUACGGAAUCGUGCAUCGGGAUUUGAAGCCUGACAACCUGCUUAUCACUGCAACGGGCCAUAUCAAACUGACUGACUUUGGACUCAGCAAAAUGGGUCUAAUGUCAUUGGCAACGAAUCUAUACGAAGAGUACGCGGAUCGCGAGGCGCGGCAGUUCUCCGAUAAGCAGGUGUGCGGCACGCCCGAGUACAUCGCGCCCGAAGUCAUAUUGCGACAGGGUUAUGGCAAGCCGGUGGAUUGGUGGUCGAUGGGCAUCAUUCUGUACGAAUUCAUUGUGGGCUGCGUUCCAUUCUUUGGUGACACCCCUGAAGAACUCUUCGCGCACACUGUCAACGAUGACAUCGAGUGGCCAUCGGAAGAUGACUUCCCCAUAGCGGUAGAAGCGCGUGCCAUCAUAACGGAACUGCUGGCGCGGAACCCUCGCGACCGGCUGGGGACCGCGGGCACCCAUCAAGUUAAGGAUCAUAUAUAUUUCUACGGCCUGGAUUGGAAUAACCUUCUGCGGCGAAAAGCGGAGUUUAUACCACAGUUGGAAAACGACGAAGAUACCAGUUAUUUUGAUAGUCGCUGCGAUCGCUAUAACCACAGCGAAGUGGAAACCGAUGAAGCGACGGAAACGCACGAAGCAGACGAGGCGGGACUGUUCGCGGCAUUCUCGUCCACAUCACCGCAAUGGCGCCGCCACUACCACCACUCACAUUCCGCACUGUCUCACGAUUCCCGAAGUACGGACAGUUGGCCGGGCACGCCGGACAGCGCCGGGCCGCCCACAACGCCCACUGCACCCCUACACCAUCACCCCAAAUGUCCCAUGGUCGGGGCAGGUGGAGGCUCUACAGCAGAAUCCUCACAAACGGAUUCAGACGACGUGUCCCCCGCUGCGCGACGACGCGCCGCAUUGCGUCCGUUGGCGCAUCCGCACUCACACACACAUUCGCACCCGCAUCCGCAUCCGUUGCACGCGAGCCACGUCGCGCCGUUACCCAGACUACCGGACGCGCCGAAGAAAGAGGACAAAGGUAUAGACAAGCUGGACAAAUCAGAGAAGAGCAAGCCAUCUGUUUUGACGGCGCCAAAGUCUAUGCGUCGUUCCGCCAGCACAUCAGGCCUGUCGCUUGUUAUACAUCCGGCGGAGGAAAGCAUAGUGUUAGGCGGUGCGGCGUCGCCAUGCGCCGGCAACACUUCGUCAACCAACUCGUCGCGCGACUCAUCGCCCUGCCGCGACCCGCCCUCGCCCUUCGCGACCGCUAACCACUCGCUUAUCCAAUCGUCCAAACCGCCGAUCGUGGUGCGUCGCGGUCCACGCGGUUUCGGCUUCACGAUCCACACUGUGCGUGUGUACUACGGCGAUACAGAUUAUUACACCAUGCAUCACUUGGUUUCGGCUGUGAGUGAACAAGGUGCGGCGUGGGCGGCCGGCCUGAGAGCUGGAGAUCUCAUUACACAACUCAAUGGGGAGUCCGUACAGGGACUGCUGCAUACACAGGUGUUGAGGCUAUUAUUGGCGGCACCGCACGCUACACUUCGCGCUACGCCGUUAGACCAGACCACCAUACAGGCGGGCGGUCGUCGUAGAGCGGGCGGCAGACGCGCGUCCGCGCCGCCGCGCCCGCGCCCGCGCCGCCGGUGUUCUCUGUUCCGGCGGAUCUCUACCAAGCGAGCUUCGCAGGAAAUGCAUCAGAUGGUGUCCGCUGGUUCAAGCGAGCUACCAUCCCCUACCGUGUCGCCGGCCGCCGAUUCACCGCUGCACACCACCCACCCUACCACACAUUACCAGCGGCCCUCUUCCCUCCACGGUCUAAAGCACAAGUUGGGAGGUGCGGAGGUUCGCCGAGCCUCUUUACAACACAUGCCCCUAUCGCCGCUCGCGAGAACGCCCUCCCCCUCGCCGCAGCCGCCGCAACCCGCGCCUGCCUCGCCCACCAGCAGGGGUUGCGAGGCUCGAAGCCCCUCGCCACUCGCGACGCGAGAGUGUAGACGCGCAUGGCCUCGACGGGACCCCGCCUCUCCGUUACUACGACGAGCUUUGUCGCCUGACAGGUUACACCCGCGUUCAGCAGAAGCGAAAUGCUCGAUAUCGCCCCUCUGUUGCGCGGGAGUGGGCUCCAACACCGUCAGCACUGUGACGAGCAGUCGCCGCGGCACUAGCUGGCGAGCCCCCGCGCCCGCGCCGCCCACCCCUCCACCCCCGGACAAGCCGGACGAGCCCACCCUGCCGCGCAUCGCCGAGGAGAAGGACUCGCCCACGCACCACGCUGUCCGACUGCCGGCCAGGACUCCAGCCAAACAGAGCACGCCGAGUAUCUUCACCUCGUCGCCAAAGACGAGCCUAGACAAGUCUGCGUUCAACACAAGCGCAUCUUUCGCAUCGCUCUCGCUCUCCGACGAAUCCUUCGUUGAUAGCAGCAUGGAUGGCAUGUCUAAUCUCGACACGUCGCGGGACCUUAAUCUGGAUGAUAGCAGAUCAAGCACAGAUAUUAGCAUCCCACAGUCGGAGACCAGUAAAAAACUUAACACAACACAAGAAUCAAUUCCAAGCAUCACAGACAUACAACCAAAAACGCGGAAAAAAUCAGAUUCCUCCCUCAAAGACGAAGAUUUUAAACCUAAGGAAAAAUCCAAAUCCAAACAAGAGAAAGAGUUGAAAAAGCAAGAUUCGAUCAAGAAGAUAGAGAAAGAAGAAAGGAAGGAAUUCAAAAUGGAAGAAAAAUACCAAGAACUCCCUAAAGCAGAAGAAAAGUCGAAACAAGAAAAGGCAAUGGAAAGAAGCGGAUCAGUUAGAAAAUCAGAGGGUAAAGACAAGAGAGAAGAUAAGAAACAGGAUAAGAGAGAAGAAAAGAAGCAGGAAAAGCAAGAGAAGGAAAAGAAGCAGCAAGAGAAGAUAGAAGCGAAGCGGUCGGAGUCGAUGAAGAAGUUGGAGGGAUUGAAAAGGCAGGAAUCUGUGGAGGCGUGUAAGUCUCCCGAAGCCCCCGAAAGCAGCGAAGGUAGAAGCAAGAACAGCAUGGUUAGCAAGUUGUUGGGUGUGAUGGGGCGCAAGCGCGAUGACGACGAGAGAUGCAAGAAAGACAAGCACGCCAAGAAAAAGAAUACUACUUACAACUCACCUUCUCAGCCGAUACAAAUUCAAAAGCAACCCGAAUCACUGCCCAUAGACAAAAACUACGACAGACAGGACACAGAUGAUAAAAAAGGGAAAAAGGGACGGGGCAGAGCCUCCAGUUCCUCUUCGGUUGAAAAAUAAGAAGACAGAGACAGCUAUACAGUGUCACCGAUAAGUGAGAAAGAGACGCAUAUAUAGAGUGAAAAGGAACUGCACCUUUACCGUUCAAAAGUAUCGUUUAAAGCCGGCUGUAAAUUUGAUAUUAUCAGAAAUUGUUUGUUGGUAAACUUUUUGUCCCACUCACUCUGCGAAUGUCAGAAGCGUAUGUCCGAUCCGACAACAUUCCGAGUUUGCGGGGUUAGUACAUUGUCAACAGAGUGACAUUUCAAACAAAUUUUUUGAUAGUAUGUGGUUGAUUUAUAUUAAUGCGCAUAAAGUAUGUAGGUAGCGAAACGCAGAACUCGAAAAGUAUUGAAAUAUAGUGUAACGGGUUGUUUGGUAGUUUAAAUGCGGUAGAUCAAACGCUACAACUGUCUGUUACUGAAUAUACAACGGUUUAAAUAAAGUCUGUUCGCUUAGAUACGGUCGCCUCUGAGUCGCGACGCCUUGGCACGUGCCGCAUCUUGUCAAAGGUUUUAUUAUAAUUCGCUUAACUACCUAACUUGGGUUUAUUUAUAUUCGUAUUUUAUAUAUAUUACAAUAGAAUAGCAUUCUAUUAUAUUCCUAGAUUAGAAAAACAUUUAAGAAACACUCUCUGUUCCGCAAUCCCAUACAUAUGAUAGAGGCAAGAAACUCCAAUCACAAACAUGUUUUCAAAAAACAUUCGAAAUUCUGAUUUCAAGAUUGGUUGGUAACACAAAAUGGUUAGCGCCCAAUAAGAUUUUUGUCUCUAUCAUUUGUAUGGGAAUACGUAACAGAGAGAGCGCUAUACUGACUUAUUUCCGAAGAUAGAGUAUAUCUUAGUGAACAGACUGUAGGUUCCAAGCAAAAAGAAAAACACUGUAUGUCAAAGUUUCUGUAGAAAUUAGUAAACGCUUAGUGCUUUAAAAGUUUAACUAUGAAUGUGUGUAGUGUACGGUGAAUUCGGAUCUGGGCGUGUUCAAAUAGAGACAGAUAUAUUAGUUGUAGCGAGAAGAAAUGAAUAAGAUAUAUUUUCGUCAUUUUGUCAUUUUACUAUAUAGCUAGCUGUAUGUGUAUUUUCACUAGUGUAAAUGUGGUGUAUUUGUGUAGUGUUGGUAUAUGUUGUUUGUCAAUCAAAUUGAUACUUUAAACCUGUCUGAUUAAGUGCAAUUUCGGAUGACACUGACAUAAUGAAGUUUGGAGGUUUCAAACAAAAUUGAACUUUAAUUCAAUGCGAUUGAAUGCAGUUUCGGAUACAAAAUAUACCUGUUUUUAACAACAACAAAAAAUUUGAGUUUAGAAACCGAGCUAUUACAUCUUAUCAUACUUGACUGUCUGCUAGAUGGACAUUAAAAGUAAUUUAUUUGGAGUUCA